GGGCGGAGCGGGGCCAGCCCGGCCCCCUGGGUCCCAGCCCGGCCCGUGCGCAGGCGGGUCCCGGCUGCAGCCCCAGCGCGGGGAGCGGGCGAGAGGCGGCCCCGGGGAGGCAGCAGCCGCGGGGCGGGAAGUCGCUGCCCGGGCGCAGGAAGCGGCCGGGGCCGGGGCCGAGCCCGGCGAUGGCUGCAGCGGGGCCGGCGCAGCAGCUCCAGGUGGCGUUUGAGGACGUCGCUCUGUAUUUCACCCGGGAGGAGUGGGAGCUCCUAUCCCAGCCACAGAAGCAGCUGUACCGGGACCAGAUGCUGAGGAAUUACCAGGCCCUUGUUUCCUUGGGCUAUUCAGGUUCCACACCGGACUUAAUCCACCGGAUCGAGGUAGGGGAGGCAGAGCUCUGGAUCCAGGAUGCUGAGGACUCCAGGGAAAGCUCCGGGCCUGAGAGCCCAUCCCGAGCAGGGCUCGGGAUCCUGGGGGGAACACGGACACAGUCUGAAUGCGGGGAAAAUGCAGCAGGGAGGCAAGAUUCCACAUCCCAUAGAGGGAUCCGUGCACCGGACACAGUCCAUCACCGCGGUAAACUCAGCCAGAGACUAGAACUUGCUACACACCAGAGACUCCCCAUGGGCCGGCGCCCCCACCACUGCAUUGACUGCGGCAAGAGGUUGAGCAACCCCUCCGCACUGACCCAGCACCAGUGCAAGCACACCGGGGCGUGGCUGCACCACUGCUCUGACUGUGGGAAGGCCUUUGUACGGAGGUCACACCUGAGAAGACACCAGCGCACACAUACUGGAGAGUGGCCGCUUUGCUGUGCCGACUGUGGCAAGGGCUUUGCAGAGAGCUCAAAGCUCAGAAUACACCAGCGCACACACACUGGGGAGCGGCCACAUCACUGUGCUGACUGUGGCACGGGCUUUGCAGAGAGCUCAAGCCUGAGAAUACACCAGCGCAUGCACUCUGGGGAGAGGCCGUAUCACUGUGCCCACUGUGGUAAGGGAUUCUGCAGUGCGUCCACACUGACCCAGCACCAGUGCACGCACACCGGGGAGUGGCCGCAUAUCUGUGCUGACUGCGGCAAGGGCUUUGCUUGGCGCUCAGAGCUGAGAAGACACCAGCUCAUGCACACUGGGGAGCGGCCACACUGCUGUGCUGAGUGCGGCAAGACCUUUUUACGGAACUCACACCUGAGAACACACCAGCGCGCACACACUGGGGAGUGGCCACACCGUUGUGCCCACUGUGGUAAGGGAUUCCAUUGUGCCUCCACACUGACACUGCACCAGCGCAUACACACUGGGGAGCGGCCAUACUGCUGUGCUGACUGCGGGAAAGGUUUUGCAGGGCGCUCACAGCUGAGAAGACACCAGCGCACACACACUGGGGAGCGGCCGCAUUGCUGUGCUGACUGCGGGAAGGGCUUUGCAGAGAGGUCAACCCUGAGAUCACACCAGCGCACGCACACCAGGGAGCGGCCGUACCAUUGUACUGACUGCGGCAAGGACUUUGCACAGUGUUCAACCCUGAGAACACACCAGCUCACACACGCUAAGGAGCGGCUGCAUCGCUGUGCUGACUGUGGGAAGGGCUUUGCAGACAGAUCAACCCUGAGAACACACCAGCGCACACACCGGGGAGCUGUCACAGUGCCACGAGCGCCCCACUGCCGGACUCGGGACCCAGGCGUCCGGGGGGCUGGGCCGGAAGGUCCCUGCGCUGGGGCCUCCCCCGGCUGCUGGAGCCGGCGGCGCAGGCUCAGGCGCGGGGCGGAGCGGGGCCAGCCCGGCCCCCCGGGUCCCAGCCCGGCCCGUGCGCAGGCGGGUCCCGGCUGCAGCCCCAGCGCGGGGAGCGGGCGAGAGGCGGCCCCGGGGAGGCAGCAGCCGCGGGGCGGGAAGUCGCUGCCCGGGUGGAGGAAGCGGCCGGGGCCGGAGCCGAGCCCGGCGAUGGCUGCAGCGGGGCCGGCGCAGCAGCUCCAGGUGGCGUUUGAGGACGUCGCUCUGUAUUUCACCCGGGAGGAGUGGGAGCUCCUAUCCCAGCCAGAGAAGCAGCUGUACCGGGACCAGAUGCUGAAGAAUUACUGGGCCCUUGUUUCCCUGGGCUAUUCAGGUUCCACACCGGACUUAAUCCAACGGAUCGAGUUAGGGGAGGCAGAGCUCUGGAUCCGGGAUGCUGAGGCCUCCAGGGAAAACUGCUCCUCAGCAGGGCUUGGGAUCCUGGGAGGAACAAGCACAUGGUCUGGCUGUGGCAGGAGCUUCAGCCAGUCAUCAGUCCUGAAAAUACACCCACGUACACACACCGGAGAGCGGCUGUACUGCUGUGCUGACUACGGGAAGGGCUUUGCAUGGAGCUCAAAUGUGAGAACACACCAGCGCGCACACACUGGGGAGCGUCCGCACCGCUGUGCUGACUGCACCAAGGGCUUUGCAGAGAGGUCACACCUGAGAAUACACCAACGCACACAUACGGGAGAGCGGCCAUACCACUGUGCUGACUGCGACAAGGGCUUUGCAGAGAGCUCAAGCCUGAAAAGACACCAGCGCACGCACACCGGCGAGCGGCCGUACCAAUGUGCUGACUGCGGAAAGUGCUUUGCACAGAGCUCAAUUCUGAGAAGACACCGGCGCACACACACCGGGGAGCGGCCAUACCACUGUGCUGACUGUGGCAAGGGCUUUGCACAGAGUUCAAGCCUGAGAAGACACCAGCGCACACACACAGGGGAGCGGCCAUACAGCUGUGCUGACUGCGGCAAGAGUUUUGCAGAGAGCUCAAACUUGAGAACACACCAACACACACACAGCGGGGAGCUGCCGCACCGCUGUGAUGUUUGCAGCAAGAACUUCAGCAACACCAAUGCACUAGCCAAACACCAGCGCACGCACACCGGGGAGAGGCCUUUCCAGUGCACUGACUGCGGCAAGAGCUUUGCAGAGAGCUCAAGCCUGAGACGACACCAGCGCGCACACACCGGGGAGCGGCCAUACAGCUGUGCUGAGUGUGGCAAGCGGUUUAGUAGAUUGGCCAACCUCACCCGGCACCAGGUCACUCACACCAACGCCCCUCUGCCAUCGCCAGGGCCUGGGGGGCUUCUGGCAGCCAGUGGGCCUGACGUAGCACCAGCAGAUGUAGACCAGCGAGUGGUCCUGUCCCCCUGAUGACCAGCAGAGACUGUGUGGGGGGUGGAAGGGAACUUGGUUGAGCAGUGUGGGGACGAGCAGACCGGUCCGGGUAGUAAUUUAGAGAUUGUCACAGCCUACUCCAUUAGGGAGCUCCCCACUUGCCCACCACACCAUCCAACUAUGUCUGUCCCACACACACUCAUGCAUCUAGCUGGGAUGCAGCCAGAACAACCCCCUCCCCCCAUUUAGAUGGGACCCAGCCAGGAACUUCUCCCCACACUUACCUCGGUUCCAGUAAAGACCUGCUAAAUUGACCGCAGAUCGCUCUCCCAUCGACUCCUGUACUCCACCGGAUCGAGAGGAAUAGGGGGAGUCGACAGGAGAAUGUCUCCUCUCAACAUCACGUAGUGUAGAUCCCUCGGUAAGUAGAUCUAAGCUAUGUCGAUUUGAGUUACACUAUUCACAUAACUCAAAUUGCGUAGCUUAGAUCGAAUUUCCCCUGUAGUGUAGGCAAGGCCUCAGUCUGCAGCAUUAUUAAGGACUUCAGCAUCUGUAUUUGCUCCUCCAUUACUUUUAAUCAGUCGCUCAAUUGCGUCCUUAAUAAAGGUGCGAUUCUCUUUUCUGUCCUGCCA